AUGCUCCACCAGAGAAGAAAUAGAGGAUUGCCUCACAAACUUCUAUCAACUCUAUUCACAUCCGAGGGUUCUGUUGAUAUUGGUAAUCUCAUCAGUUACAUUCCUACAACCAUUACUGAGGCUCAAAAUGAAACACUUGUGGCACAAGUAACAGAAGAAGAGAUCAGAAACGCAUUAUUGAGCAUGCACCCAGAUAAAGCACUAGGAUGGGAUGCUGUUACAUCUUUUUUCAACACUGGGCAUAUUCUGAAAAACUGGAACCUCACUUUAAUAACCCUAAUCCCCAAAUGUCAAGUGCCUCUAAAUGUGGGAGAUUACAGGCCAAUAAGCUUAUGUGAGCCCUGCCUGCCUUUAUGCAUUAGUAACACCCAAGCAGCUUUCAUUCCUGAUAGGCAGUUGCUUGAUAAUGUUAUUAUUGCUCAAGAGGUUUUUCACUUUCUCAAUAGACAUCGAACUGGCACUAAAAGAUAUAUGGCUCUAAAGCUUGAUAUGUCUAAAGCAUUCGACAGAAUUGAAUGGGGCAGCAUAAAGAGCUUAUCUUGCUUAAUUCAGCAUGAAAUGGCUAUUGGUUCAUAUAAGGGACUAAAAAUAUCAAGGCAAGGCCCAAUACUCAGUCACCUCUUUUUUGCUGAUGAUUCACUACUAUUUUGCCAAGCCACUGCUGAUUCUGCUAACCUUAUUCUGGAAAUGUUGGAAAAAUACAAAAGCUUUACAGGCCAGCAAGUCAACAUGGUGAAAUCUUCGGUGUUUUUCAGCAAAAACACACUAGAAGAUGUGCAGAGAAAUAUUGGUCACAUCCUACAGGGCAUUACUGUAUCCAAGGGAGAAACAUUCAAAUAUUUGGUGGAUGCUGUUAAAAGCAGGCUAUUGAGCUGGAAGAAUAAAUUCUUAUCAGGAGCAGUGCACCCAAUCUUCACUAUGUCAUGUUUCCUCUUGCCUGUGGGCUUAUGUAAAGAAUUAUCUCAGCUUUUUGCCCAAUUUUGGUGGUGCUCUCAAUCUGCAAACAAAACUGGCAUUCACUGGAAAGCAUGGAAAUUACUAACUCUUCCCAAGGCAGCUGGGAGUUUAAACUUUCAUGAUCUCCAGGUUUUCAAUGAAGCACUUAUCCUAAAGCAAAUAUGGAGGCUGAUCACCAAACCAGGACUUCUCAUGAGCAGAGUUCUUAGACACAGAUACUUCCCUACUGGAGACUUCUUUGGUGCCAAACCUAAUCAAAAUGCCUCAUGGCUGUGGAGAUCAUGGCUAAAACUGCAGAAAAAGUUCCUCCAGGGCUUCAUGAUGCAAGUAAGAGAUGGCAGAAAAACAAAGAUCUGGGAGCAACCAUGGGUGCCAAACCUUUCCAAUUAUAAGUUGUUAAACAAAUCCAGCACAACACCAUCUUUAACCUGGGUGUCUGAAUUAAUUGCAGAACAUGGAGUAUCAUGGAAAGAGGACCUCCUUAGAAGAUGUUUCUCCCACUCAGAAUGCCAAGCUAUUCUCCAAAUCAACACAUUGAGCAGGCAUCUCCAAGACAAGGCUACAUGGUCUUUCAACCCAAGACAAGUUUUCACUGUGGCUUCUACUUAUGCUCAUUUAAUUUAUAACAAAAUCUUACAGCUUGAUAUUCCAGAGAAUAGUACAAAUGCUGUUAAUCUAAGGAAAAUGAGGAACAGAAGCUGGAAGCUAAAAAUAAAGGGCAAAGUGAAGCACUUUAUAUGGAAAUGCUAUAGUGGUAUUCUCCCAGUUGCUACCACCUUGUAUAAGAGAGAGCUCAAACAGUCUGGAGAUUGUCACCUGUUCAUUGGGAAGGGCCGGCUAAAUUCCAUAACAACUUCACACACUGGUGGACAGACCUUUGCCUAA